AUGACCUCGACCACAUUGAUCGACCACAGGAGCCAGCCCGAUGAGCAGGAGGACGAGAUCGCCCUUCCGAAGCAGCAGUUCGACGAGCAGAAGAACAUUACCGAGGAACAGAAGGUCAUGAUCAACGAGCAGAAGGACAUGAUCAACGACAGGCUGUUCCAGCAAGACAGACAGGCAGUUACAAUGCAUGCAGAAGACUUGUUUCGUCAUCCCCUCUUACUGGCCGAGUGCACACGGACCGAGAGGAAAUCUUGUCGACUUACUCAGGAGCUGAUAUUCGUGAACAUGAGUGUGUGCCAAGAGAGUGUUGACGUCGACCUUGCGCGGGCCGAGACUGCGCAGAUACUGAGCCGUCGCUGGCCCGUGAGGACCGAGGUAGCUAGCGUCAUCCUUGUUAAAGGCCAGUUUGGUGAGUUCAAGCAGCGGAAGAUCUUGCGGGACGAGCUGGGCCGCGCCGGGGGGCAGGACUGCGAGAGUUCGAGGUACGGCUGA